AUGUCAUCAUUGAAAGACAUUGAACAACGUGAGAAGAUUGAAGCAUUUGCUACUGCAAUAAUUCAUUGGCUUUCAGAAUUUCCCCGUUCACCAAUAGGUUCAGAAACCACAGUUGAAGAAUUAGUACAACCAUCUACAUUGUAUAGAAUAUUCAAAAUAUUAUUUUUAAGAGAAGAUAUGGAAACAUUACAGAAUGAUAAAUGGUUUCUUGAAAAUCAAUCAGUUACAGGCACUUCUAUUUUACAUAUUCAUGAAUAUACUAUGAAACAAGUUGAAAUUUUAGAUGAAUUGUUGGAUUCUCAUUUACGGGCAAAAGUUGAUUUGAAUUUGACACCCCAUUUGAAUUUAUACAAGUUGAUUAUAUUCCAGGAUCAUUAUGAAUUAAAAAAGAUUUGUCAGAUAUUGUUCAAAAUAGGCACUUUUACAUCAAGAUUAUCUACAAAUGGUUUGGCAUAUUUUGAAUUCUUGACUGAUGUUGAUAAAAAUUCAAUAAAUCAAUUCAAGGAGAAGAUACUCUCAAUACCAACAGAUAAAAGAAAAAAGAACAAAUAUCCUGGAUUAAGAGAAAAGACUAUGCCGCCAGUUGAAACCAAUUCUGAUUAUGAAUCUACAGAGAAUAGAGUCGGCACUGGUAUUGGAGUUGCUGGUGGAAGUGGGAGUGGAAGUGGGAGUGGGAGUUGCUAUUAUAUUGAUGAAGAGGAAUGGGAUGCACUUAAUUGGGAAAAUUCUAUAUUUGAAAAUUUGAUUUAUAAAUUAGCUAGAGAAAUGAACAACUAA